AUGCAGAGAAAAGGGCGCGGCGGCGAAUGCGUUAUUCAGUUUCGUGCGGGAAAGAUGAAUUUCAAAGAUGGUAAGGUCGAAGCGGAUCGCCGUAGAGGUACAUUGUCUUUUUUUAAGAUGCCAAACAAUGAUGUGAAAAUGACGUGGAUCUCAGGAACUGAUGAAGAACAGCAUGAUCUUCCCCGAGGAGAAGUGAAGUUCAGCCAGGUAGAGAAAUGUACCACGGGAAGGGUGUUCCUGCUUGACUUUGGUAAUAGGCGACCUCCUAUUUUCUAUUGGCUUCAGGAAAAAACAACCGAAAACGAUUCCACAUAUUUUUCCACAAUACAAGAACUAAUUGGUGGGGAUCUACGGCCGAGUGAUCGAAAAAGAGCUGAAUUUGAAGUUGUCCUUCAGGGUAUUCUUCGGAACAUGCGGAAUGGAUUGGAGCAAGAUGUAGAUUUGGCUGAUAUUAUUGGAUCAAAGAAGCUUCUUGAUGCAUUACAUGAGGAUCCAGCCUUUUUUAUGUAUAAACUGCAUCAGUUUCUUCCUGAGGGAACAGAUCCAACAGCAGAUAUAGUAGAACAGGUGAGAAAUCCACAAGUUUCUGCCGCUGCGGCAUCUUUAGGUUUGGCCCUUCGUGAUCCUCUGGGAUUUCUCGAAACCUGCUCGGCUUUUGGGAUUAAUGGAUCGAACCCGUGCGUUUUUGGAUUUCUUUCCGGAGUCAUGAAACUCUUUAAGAAAGGAGACGAUAAUAGUCAAUAA